UGCGGCUCUGGUAAACGCCAGUGAACACGUGGGUCCGGGUUUUCUCUCUCACACUCAGCCUGCGCUCCCCCGGUGCACCGCGCUGCUUUAGCCCUCGCCGGUACUGUUCUGCUGUUCGUACCGGUUACUGGAGGAGAUUAAGAGCCUCUCUCUCUCAGACAGGUGACCGGGAGAGUGAUCUGUGGAAAUGGCGGAUCCGCUGGGGGUGGAGAGUGAUGAGGAGGAGUGCAGGAUCUGUGAGGGGGAGUAUGUAGUCCUGAAGAGAGGAGAGGUCUACAAAUCAGUCCAGGUGGAGAAGAGAAAGAAAGUGAUUUUUGAGAAGCAGUGGAUCUUCAUGGACAAUGCUGUUGGGCAGCUGUAUGGCUCCACUUUUGAAGUAGACAGUGGUGGAAUACUGAAUCUGCGGAAACCAAAGCAAGAUGAAGAUUCCACAGACAACAAAGAGGCAGGGUUGGACAACAGACACAUUGUUGAUGAUGGAAAAUCACAGAAACUGACCAGAGAUGAUAUUGAGUCACUGAAAGAACAAGGGUUGAAAGGACAGGAAAUCAUUCAGCAGCUUAUAGACAACAGUACAACGUUCAAGGAUAAAACAGAAUUUGCUCAAGAGAAAUACAUCAAGAAGAAAAAGAAGAAGUAUGAAAGCAAUGUAACAGUGCUGAAGCCUUCCUGCCGUAUUUUAGCUAUGAUGUAUCAUGGAAGAGAACCUGGGAAAAUAUGUCACCUGCGAUAUGACACCCUAGCUCAUAUGCUGACUAUGGGGAACAUCCAUGCGGGCAGUAAGAUUAUUGUGUUUGAAACAUGUGCCGGCCUUGUUCUUGGCUCCGUUAUGGAAAGAAUGGGAGGUCAUGGCUCAGUGGUCCAGAUGUACCCAGGUGGUGGGCCAGUCAGAGCAGGCAUGGAGAGUUUUGGCUUCCCUUCACAUUUCCACGAGACGCUACAUGAAUUUCCCUUAUGUAAGGUGAACGCCUUACUUUCGGGAACGUUGAACCUGGAUGAGAAAGACAUGGACUCUCAGAGCAAUGACAGCGCAGAUAAAGAACAGUCUGGCUCCUCUCAGGUCUCCUCAGGUGGAGGUGAGGAGGGCAGCUCAGAGCCACAGAGUAUGGAAGUGAGCUUAGACCCAGCAGAGGCCAAGAAAAGGGAGGAGAGGGAGAAGCUACGUGAGCAAAAGGCACAGGAGAAGAAAGCGAAGUUGGAGGAGAAGAGGAAGAGACUGGCUGCAGCAGCUGCCCUGCUGGAGGGUCGAAAUGCAGAUGGGUUGGUGAUCGCCAGCCGCUUCUCCCCCUGCUCUGCACUGCUGUGCCUAUUGAAGUUUGUGGCGCCGUCAAGACCGUUCGUAGUGUACUGCCAGUAUAGAGAGCCAUUAAUUGAAUGCUAUACAAAACUCAGGGAACAAGGUGGAGCAAUCAGCCUCAGACUGACCGAUUCCUGGCUUAGGCAUUAUCAGGUGUUACCCAACAGAACCCACCCCGUGCUGCUGAUGAGUGGAGGAGGAGGUUAUCUGCUCUCUGGAAUCACAGUCGCUGCUGCUGCAUCAGGAGCUCAGCAGAAAUCAAGCGAGCCAGCUGCAAAGAGGAUCAAACUCGAUGAGAUUACGAGCACAGCUGACAGUUCUGCCUAGCCUGUUUGUUCUACCUAACUUAUUUUCGUUGGAAUAAACCAAAUUAGCCUCUUUCCUUGGGGAAAUAAUGUAUAACUCCUCUGUUAAAGUUGCUAGGCUUUAUUAUACGAAGUUUAACCUUGUUUCCCAGGAGCCAGCCUUUCAUCAUUCAGCACAGGGCUAUUCACAAUGCUUUUACUGGUGUUCUUUUUAUUUUUUAUUUUAUUUUAUAUAAGCACAGAGUGCGAAGAAAAAUGCAACUGCAAUUUUGUGAUCUUAUAGUGUCCCAGACGAAUUGCAUUACCUUGAAAAUUAAGAGUUAAUAAAAUAUGACACACAUGGGGAAA